AUAAUACAUUAAAAUACUACGAAAUAAAACGAUUUAUUUUGAAACGUACGGCCGGAAGUUCUUAUUACCGGGUUCCGUAAAACGCUAGAGGAGAGAUGGCGGCCCCCAUGAGGAGGACACUGCAGCUCCUUCACAGAGUACCAUGCAGCAGUUUGACGAACGCAGAGGCCUCUCUGGAUCUACGACAUCCAGUUCCACUUUCCAUUCCGGUCCGGACCAAGAAGCGAUACUUUAUCCCUCCAGCAGUGGGAAUGAAGAAUAAGAUGGCGGAAAACAUAGAAGCUAAGAUUCGAGCAGCAGGUGUUGUUGUCAAACAAGAGUAUAUGGAGAGGCCCAUUAACAUCUCCUGCACCGCGGGAGUCUAUGAUGCCUACAUCCCACCAGAGGGUGAUGCUCGUCUUUCCACUCUCUCUAAAGAAGGCCUUAAACAACGAACUGAACAGAUCCGACAGAGUGCUGCCUCACAACUAGCGAUUCGUAAAAUCAAAGGGCAUGACUCUCUGUUCAAGACGAAGGAGUUUGCAGAGCAGGCACAGGAAAUCUUUAUAGAGGCUCACAACGCGCUGACACAGUUUAACAAGGCAAAACUUCACUCUUUGGUAACAGAGCGGUGUUAUCCCGAGAUGACGAGGGGGAACCGAUACAAGACCAUCCACUGGAGGUUCGUCGAGUCCUUGGAGCCGCCCAAAGUGGUGCAGGCCCGCUGCCCUGAUAUGGUCAGUAAAGACAACCUGUAUGGCCAGGUGACGGUCCGCAUGCACUCCAAACAGACUCUGGCCAUCUAUGACCGAUUUGGGCGGUUAAUGCUGGGUUGUGAGGAGCACCCGAAGGAUGUCUUGGAGUACCUGGUUUUAGAACGGCACCUCGUCAACCCCUACGGCUGCUGGAGAUUACAUGGAAAAAUCGUACCAUCUUGGGCUCCUGCUAAAGAUCCAGUUAUUAAGACUGUCAUGAUUCCUGGUCCGAAGCUGAGACCAGAAGACGAGCUGGAUUCCGUCAAUUUACAAGUUCCCAAACCUGCUGCAGUACAAUGGUAUAAAUAGGCCACCAGAUGGCACUGAUCUUUGCAUCAAAACCACUGUAGGACAUGAGCUUGCUGUUCAAAAAAUUGGUAAUGGUUGGUGCUUUUGUCCACUUUGGCAGGAAAUCAGACGUUCUUCAAGCUUUCAGUGCUUUUCAUGACUUUCCCACACUUAUGUUUUCUCCACUAAUUUAAUGGGAACAAGUAUAACAAUUAAAUUCACACAUUUCAAGAAAUUGUAUGGUUUAUUUCAUGUUGAUGUCAGGAAAUACUAAAAUGAAGUGUCCCGUCUGCUUUUUUACCACAUCAGUUUUUGUCCAGAAUAAUCUGACAUAGAAGAUGCACAAAAAGAUAAUAAAACAUGGUACAAGG